CAAAACUAAACAUGUCCGUCAUGAAAAUUUUAUUAAUUAGUUUUUGCGUAAUUAAAGCAGAGGUAUUACUAUUUCCAAGAAUGAAGCGGACCGGAAAUUGCGUGGAGUACCGGAUGCACUGUAAUUCAAGUAAUGAAACUCCGUGUUGUCAAGUAAAUAAUGUGUGCGCACCAAUUUCAAUCGAUCGUGGCAUAUAUACUUUCAUAUGUUUGAAACCGUUACACUUAGGAGAUUUUUGCGAAGACGACGUCGAUUGUUUGAUGUUAGGUUAUGCAAGAUGUCAUGAAAGUUACUGUAUUUGUUUGACUAAUUAUGGGAUACCAGAUAAGGGAACACAAUGUUUGCCACUUCUAGGAGGCAUUUGUUUGGAAGAUAAUGAUUGCCCAGUGGAAAAUAGUAUAUGUGUUGAUACUGAGUGUCAAUGCAAAUAUAAAUACAUAGCUAUCAAUAAUAAUCAAUGCAAACCAUCAACAUUAGGAAAAAGAUGCAAAGGUGAUUUGAAUUGUAAUAGUGAAUUGCACAUGACAUGCUCAAAAAACAAAAUAUGUAGGUGUCAAAGUAAUCAUACCGUGAUAGAUAAUACAAAGUGUGUUCCGCUUUUGGAUGAAUUUUGUUGGAGUGGAGAAAAAUGUGCACCAAUUAAUUCUGAAUGUUUUAAUAAUAAAUGCAAGUGCAUCAAAAAUUACAGAGCACUUGAAAAUUAUUUGUGCAUUUAUAUGGUAAAUCGAAGUAGCAGUGACUGAAAGACGUGCUGCUGGACUACUUUAUUUAAUAUUAGUUUAUUAAUAUUAUUAUAUAUAUUAUUUAUAUUAUUGUUAUUAAUAUUCAAUUAGUUUAUUAAUAAUAGUUAUCGAUAAUGGUUUUGAUUAUUUCUAAAUAUAUAAUGGAAUACUUAAUAAAAUGUGAAGCAUUCUUGAAUGAUUAUA